UUGUGCCUGCUCAGGCUGGGCAAAGCAGCUCCUCUGCCCAGGCUGGGUGUAGGAGCAGCUCCCAGAGCUCCUGCCUUAGUCCCUGUGACCACCCACUCGAGCUCUGCUCGGAUUUUUGGCUGUGCCAGCUGCUGCUGAGGCCUGACGUGUGCUGUGUUCUGCAGGACGGGUGCCCACGAGGAGGGGAAGGGCUGUGCUGCAGCCUGAGCACCUGCAGCCUUUUGUCUGGCAGGUUCAUCACAAGCUGGGACCUCACAGAGAUGCUGUGGACCAAACCUCCAGGCUGGGAGGCAGAGAACAUCAGCUCACCCAGAAAGCUUUGGAAGCAGCUCCAGCAGCAGCUGAGGCUUUUGCAUCGCCCAGAGUGAUCCAGGGGCUGCCCACACAGUGAUCCCACACACUGAUGGGCAGGAAGGAGCAGCCAGAGCAAGAAUUCUUCUUCAUGCCUUAAAACACUUGUUCAUAGGAGCAAAAUAUGGAAAGUCACAAGUUCUGAAACCUCCUUGGAGUGGGAGCUGCUGAAAUGAAGCUUAAAUCACAGAGUACCUUGUCCUGGACACCUCAGAGAUGCAAACAGACCCUGAGAGUCCCGUGGUGGGAUGAGCAGAGGCAGGAGGCUGACAGCCCCACAUCCCAGCUCGCCCUGCCCCAGGAGCUCUGAAAAGGGAGGUGUUUGUCUUCUCUGGCAGAACCCAGCAGCUCCCUGCAGCAGCCUCCUGCCAUCUCUGCCUCCUGCCUUUGCACUCAGCUCGUUUGGCUCAGCACCGGCUUCGUGCACGUGGAAACGAAGCUGCUGCCUCGUCUUGCUGAGGACACAGAAAACCUCUCUCAGCUCAGCUGUGCUGCCUCAUCCCAGAGUGGGGGACAGGAACAGCUACCUGAAAAGGCUGCAGGAUGGACCUGGGGGCCAGGAGACAGUUCUCCAGUGCUUGCUCUCCCUCCACACCUUCUGUUUGUGGCCAGAGGAUGAUGAAGAUGAGGGGUCUCUCCCCCUUCUGCUUCUCCCUGAGCAGUCAGUUAGUGAGGGUCCCCUCUGCCCACCCAAUUUGGGCUGUAGUGGGACAGGAGCUGGCUGGAUGCCACACUGAUGCUCUGGAUAAGCCAAAACCCCCCAAGGCAGCCAUCCUGGCCCCUUCCACCCUCCUUCCCCACACUGAGGGCUCUCCCCUGUCCCUCCCCAUGGCACAAGGCAGCAGUGGCUGAGCCCAGCCCCGAGCAGACCCCUGGGAUCCCGCCGAGGUGCCGAGCAGCCAGCGGAGCCUCUCGGCAGUGUUUGCUCUGCCCAAGUACAGCAGAACACUGUCACCUUGGCUUGUUUGAACUACCCAGGAGCUGCAUUGCCAGCAUUGUAUUCAACAGUUGUACUUGAGUGAACAAGCAGCCAGGGUGGUGGUUUUUUCCCCCCCUCUCCCCCCUGUGAGAAUGGCCCUAUCCCACGGAGGGGUGAUGGAUUGCUUUUUGGGUUGCACACGCUGUUAUCACUGUGCUGUUCUAAUGCUAGUCAAACAUCAUUGUGAGUAGCCAAACUCAAUAGCAGCAGUGUUAGGCUGGAAAGUCAAUAUUGGCUGAGCAAACAGAGCAAAUAAAGAGUUGCUAUUUGCGUAGCCAUGAGUAUUUGUGUGCUCUGCUGCUGAACAGGCUGCUUUGAAAUAAUAAUGAAGAAAAAAACAGGGAGAGAAGUGUGUUUUCCCUUCGAGGCAGGGAAUGGUUUGUGUUUAGGGUACAGCAGUCGGCUUUUAUUAAAGUUCAAGUUUGCUUCCUUACGGUCGCCGUGAGCAGCACAGACCCAGCCAUGGCGUGCAGAGGAGAAGC